AACCAGGUUGUUAUAGAUAGUUGAGAUAAUGAGAUAUCUUUUAGGAGAUAUCUUUUUUUUUUUGAAAUCUCUUUUAGGAGAUAUCAAUUAGAUUUUAUAUUUUUUUAUAGAUUAGGUUAAGAUAAAAUUGUAUUCCUUGAUUUGGGCUACGGAAUCUCUGAAAAUUCUAGUUGAAAAUAUGGUAAUAAUUAAAAUAUUAGGAUAUAUUUUGCUACACGGUUAGUUACGAUUCGAUUUUUUUUAAUAGAUUAUGAAAAUAUGUGAUUUUAUUCUUUAGUUUCGGCCUCUUUGAAAAUCAAGUCUAUAAAUAGUAUACUUCUCUUCUCUAUCUCUCAGUUUUCAUAGCUCUGAACUUCAUCACUUUGCACUACCUGACCAUCCACAAUCAUGGAUUACAAGGAUGAGCUCUUUUUUGAACACUAUUACCGUUGUUGCCCUGUCUCCUCCAUUAACAGGCCAAAUCUUGAAAACGGUGAUAAAAUUGUCAUGCCCCUUUCUGCCUUAGAUAAACUUGCAUCUUUGCACAUUGAGUACCCUAUGCUAUUUGAACUGCAAAACCCUUCUGCUGAAAAAGUUACUCACUGCGGGGUUCUUGAAUUCGUCGCUGAGGAGGGGUUCAUAUACGUACCGAACUGGAUGAUGGAAAAUAUGAGCCUGCGAGAACGAGACACUGUUUACAUGAGAAGCACCACGCUCGAGAAAGGAAACUUUGUGAAGCUGCAGCCUCACACAAAGGAUUUUCUGGAUAUCUCCGAUCCGAAGGCGGCCUUAGAGACUGCAUUGAGGAGUUACUCGUGUUUAACUACCGGUGACACAAUCAUGAUUGCUUACAACAACAAGAAGUAUUACAUUGAUGUGGUUGAAACUAGACCCUCUCAUGCAGUUAGUAUAAUUGAAACAGAUGUUGAGGUUGAAUUUGUUCAGCCUCUUGACUAUCAAGAGCCUGAGAAACAGAUCAUGCUGCCUGCAGAAGCUGAAGACGCUCUAGCAUCAAAGACUCCGCAGUUCUCCGCAUUCAAUGGUUCGGCGAGACGUUUGGAUGGAAAACUCUCAACACAAUCAGUUGAACAAACUCCAUCUUCAAAUGCAACCAAGAAUUCCCAUAGAGCUUCUGGAAAGCUUGUGUUUGGGUCAGAUGCAAAUACACCCAAGACUAGUACUCCAACACAGCCAAAGGGUUCUCUGAAAAGCACAAGUCAAGAGUCACCUGAUCAGAAGGCAGAAGAGCCAAAAUUCCAAGCUUUCAUGGGAAAGAAGCACUCAUUAAAUUGAUUCUUGUUUAGGCUACUGUCAUGGUUUAAUUUCUUUUGUGUACAUGCUUACACAGCUUAGGCCAAAUUUAACUCAAGUCAAGUUGGCAUCUGCUAGAACUUUUGGCUCUGGUGUGAGCAGAUUGUCUUACCAAAUAUCUUUCAAAUGAUUUAAAAUUUUAUUUUGGAAUGAAAUUUUAUAAG